AUUGAUGAUCAGGCAGUAUAUAUGUCACAUCAAACAGCUAAAUGUACGGAGGACCCCAGGGCAGUCAUAUGACUUCAAAACAUCGUCAUCUUGCAGACUGUGGAAGAAAUCGCGAAGAUAGCGAGAUGCCGAUCCUGUACAGUGUUGUUGCUCGAGGGACGACAGUUCUGGCCAAGUUCGCCAGCUGUGCCGGGAACUUCUCCGAGGUGACAGAACAGAUCCUUUCCAGAGUGUCUCCGGAAAACGCCAAGCUCACGUACUCCCAUGGAAGGUAAAACCCUUAAACCAAAGCUUGGUUCAUGAUACAUCUAGUUAUAGUCAGGGCCUGUAUACCCCUUUCCUGUAAGACAAAGGCAGACUUUGAAAGAUCCAAGGCUUUCAUGUACCUGAAUGAAGUCAAGAGAAGAUUCCAGGCGACCUAUGGAGCGCGGGCACAGACAGCGCUGCCGUUUGCCAUGAACAGUGAAUUCUCCAGAGUCCUUUCUACACAGAUGAAACAUUUCUCGGAGAGUAAGGAUGUGGACAGAGUGUCCAAGGUACAAGGGGACCUGGAUGAGCUGAAGGGUAUCAUGGUGAAAAACAUAGAUAGCAUAGCAGCCAGAGGAGAAAGACUGGAGCUCCUGAUUGACAAGACUGAAGACCUGGAGGCAACCUCUGUCACAUUCAAGAAGACAAGUAAGAACCUGGCGCGGUCCAUGUGUAUGAAGAACCUGAAACUCACCGUCAUCCUGGCCAUCGUCAUCAUUCUGAUAAUUUACUUCAUCGUGUCGGCAGCGUGUGGUGGUCUGAGCUGGCCCUGCACCAGAAAGACUUAGUACGUCUGUUAACGUUCCUCUGCUGCCCAACAUUCAGAACUAGCCUGGUAUCCACCCUAUUGUAACUCCAGUGCACUCCUCUGGUGGCUUCCCUUGCUGAAUAGGCUGGGACCCUUGUGUAGAAAAACAGUAACUGUUGGCAUUUGAAGAUUUAUUGCAGUGUUCUUACCAGGAAUUUUUUUACUACAUAGGGGCAUCUUAGUGCAGAAAAGCCAUGUUUUGCAGGUGUGAACAUCAUAGGGGAAUCUGAGGGAGUUCUUCCCCUAAAAAACUAAAAGUAUUUGAAUUUAUGUCGAUCAGAAACACCAUGUCCUGCAUUUUCUUUGUUUUGUUGCACAAGCAUUCUAAAGUUUGAUCUCCCUUAUGCUGCUUCUGAGAAGUAUUCAAUUUUCAAAAUAAUGCUAGAAGUAAGGACCAAACAUUCCAAUGGGGAGGGGGGCAGUACUAUUCUGCAGAGAAGCAACCAGAGAAGCAAACCAGAGCUAAAGUAGGAUGGAUUCCAGGCUAGUUCAUCCCAACACAGUGUCACGGGACUGUUCUUCAGUGUAGUGGCUGAUAAGUACCUAAGGAACACAUCAUUCAACCUCUUUGAGGAAGUGUUGUCAAAAGAUAACUCUGUAUUUCUGUAAUCUAUUUAUGCAAUAAAUUGUUGAUUGCUUCCUCUUGUAUACAACUUGUACGGUUGGAAUAUCUAGAUAAUGAAAAUUAAUAUUACUUAAACCAGGAUUUGUUUUGUUUUUCCUUGUAUCCUGUUUGGUUUGUAUCUGCUAUCAUGCAUUUUAAAAACAUUGUAAGAUAUUGGUUGGAAAUAAAGACAACAUUUGUAUACAAGGUAAAA